AUGUCGAACGAUCCCAGUUCCUCCGAUCCAGUAAAUCCCCCGACAGUACCUCAACGCUCGGCAGCAAUCGUCAAUGCAGAUGGGCGUUGGGCACUUUAUCAUGAGACAAUAUACUCUCCGGAUACCCCUGAAACGUCAUAUUAUGUGUUAGAACUUUGGACUGGUGUAACAACCAAGCUGCCAAAGCAGUACAUUACUCAGAGGGUUGGACUCAGAAGAUUUGUGGCAAUUGCAGUCUCAGGUAUUGGUGCUGGAACAACCUCAGCACACUCGAGUGUUAGUGAAGUCGAUGUUCUAGGAUAUUCCUCAAGGCCAGGUGGUCGAAUACUGCGGUGCCUUGUGUUCAGGCUUCAAAGGGAACCUCCGUCCAUCAAUAUUUUGUAUAUGAGUGGUGAUCUUCUUGAGAAAUUUCACCUUCGAUAUGUUCCCUUUCCAACCCGGGUGUCAAUGGGACCAAAAAAUUUCGAUAUAUCUAAAGCGGGACUAGCUCUUGUCGCUCAAACCGAAGAACAGUCUCAGGCUCAACAUGAUGGCAUAUUUGAUGUCUACUUUAUUCCUUUUGAUCAGUUACCGACACCGAGAAAGUUGGAGGAACUUAUUCCUAUAAAAAUACGAACUACCGGAAUAACUGGUAGCGCCUCUGUACCAGUUCUCAAUCCUGGUAGUUUCUCCUGGCUCGCAUUUCUGAAGCGGAAUGAUAAUUCCACAGAAAGGGGCGAAACAUUCAUUUUCAGAGCUAGAAUCAAAAAAAAUCGCGCCGACCAUCCCUUCCACAGUGUGUAUCAAGUACAGCCGAAGAGAGCUUUGCCCAACGGAAGUACCGAUCUCUUAAUAUACAACGCUGAAACCGGGGAGCGAUCAAUGGUUCAGCGCGCCUCCAUUGGUGAAGUAAUGACGGAGCAGAAUCAGGACGAUGGUAAUGAGAUUGGGGGUAAUUUUGAGGAUCUCACCGAAGAUGGGAUUAUCGAGGAUGGAAUUAUUGAGGAUAGAGAGGGGAUUAUUAAUGAAGGCAAUGGUCCCGAGGAUGGAAUUGUUGAGAAUAGAGAGGAUUCUGGCAAUGAGAGUAACGAUAUUGAGGAUAGAGAGGAGGUUAUUAAUGAAAAUAAAGAGGAGGUUGUUAAUAUGAGUAACGAUAUUGAAGAUAGAGAGGAGGUCAUUAAUGAAAGUAAUAGUCCCGAGGAUGGAAUUAUCGAGAAUAGAGAGGAGUUUGGCGAUGAGAGUGAGGAUGAGAGUGAGGAUGAUCCUCUCGAACCUCCUUUUCCAGUUCUAGAGAACAGAGGGGGGCAAUGGUUAGAGGAGAGACGAAGACGUGGACUUGCAGAACUUUCAUUAUGA